GCGAAGCUGCCCUGCGCACGCAGCACGAGGGGAGGGGGAGUGACGCGCGCGCCGAACAGUCACGCGCCGGGAGACCUAAGUAACGUAACGGAAGAACUUCACUCUUUUCCCCCCGCCCCUCCCGCCCGUGAAGGCGCACAUGCGCAGUAGCGUGCGGUGAUCUCGCUCCGCCUACGCUGCGUGCGUUGGGCGGUCCGACGGGUGAUGACGCAGCACGUAGUGGCAGUUUGAAAGCCUGGCGCGGCAGAGGCCGCCCGCUACUCUGCAGAGAUGUCGCUGGUGAAGCCCUUCGAUAAACUCCCGACGCUCAACGCGGCCACCAUCUUGUUGGUGGGCACGGAUGAAAGUCAGCAGCAGCUAGCAGAGGCAAUUCUUAAGGAGAAAAAAACCUUCAAGAUAAAUAUCCACGUGGCGACCUCCCUCCCUUUACCUGCUGAGAGAGAUCACAUCCGGCCCCGGAUUGAUCUGAUUGCCUUUAUGAUUAACAUGCAAAGCAAACACAGUCUUAGGAAUGUUGAAGCUUCACUAUCACACAUGGAUGCCAACUUCUUUCUCGGGAAAGUGUGUUUCCUCAUCACAGGUGUUGGUAGGAUGAAUCACUGCAGCGUAGAGAUGAAUGCUGUCCGGAAACUGGGAAACACCUACAGCAGCCCUGUCCUAUUCUGUGAGCUGGAUUCUGAAGGAAUCAGAGUUGCCACAGCUCAGCGGCUGCUCCGGAUGUUGCAGAUCUGCGCUGGUCACAUGCCGGGGGUUUCUGCCCUCUUCUUCAGUUCUUUGAUGAAAAGCUCCAUUGAUGAGUAACCUUGAUGUAAAUCCAUUGCCAUUCUUCCUGUCCACACUCUUCGAUCCUGUUUCAAACUGCAGAAAUAGACGGAAGUGGGAAUUUUGUUGAGAUGCUUUUUCUGUUGAUUUGUAAUGAGGCCAGCUCGUCCCAUGCUGCUGCUUGCUUGUGUUACCUUUACAGGAAAGGCUUGGUUCCUGUUUGAUGGGUGGUGGCUGGAGCCAUGCUAAUGAAUCUCCUUUCGCUCCUAGGUCCCAGUUUGAAUUAACCCUGUUUUGUUAGUGACCAAGAGCUGUGUAGCCUUCUGAGAGCUGCAUAGGAAGUGGGAGAGGGCCAGAGUCCUUAGGUCAGUGUGUAUCCUAGCAGGUAGGCACAGCAGUUAUGGAGAGAAGUAUCAGAAGGCUGCUGCCUGCUCUCUGCCUAGUACCAAUGGACUGUUUCACCAGGGAGAAAAUAGUAAAGCAUUAGGAAGAGUUUUGCAGUAUUCAGAUUGAAAUAGAGCAAUUCUCACUAAUGCAAAAAAUUCACUUACCCAUAAAGCCCCUUGAAGGAAGGAAGCCAGUUUAGCAGCCACCAUCUAUACAGCAGUUGGCAGUAAUGACCUAGCAGUUGGGCGAUAUGCAAAGAAAAAUUGCCUAGCCUUUCUAAUCCCUAAAUAUCUAAGCAGAGAGGGAGGAGGGGCUUAAAGGAGACAGCCCAGAAAUUUGAUGUUUUUUUCUUUCUUUGAAAGAAUGGUCAUCUUUUGUUAUACAGCCCCAGCAAACUGCCUGGCAGGUAAACCCCCCACCUGACUAAUGAGCCUGACAGUCCUAUUCAGUGCUGUGUCACUGUAAGUCAAAAAGUCUCCACAAGAUAGAGAGACUAUCAGAGCGUGAGAGGAGCUGGGGGAGUGUUGAUAGUCUAGGUGUGCGUAUGGGGGCAUGGAUUUGCUCCGUGCAGUGGUGGAAGGAUGUCUAUUACACAGAAAAGUGCAGAAGUCACUCUUCAGUGAGUUUUAUUAUUAGUUCUAAAAGUAAAGAUCCACAAAAUGGUUCCUCUCUAACAAAGUUUGAUUUCAAAGGGCCUAACUUUCAGAAUUGCUGAGUGCCUCUGAAAGUCAGGCCCUUAAUCUGCAUUCCUGCAGCUUCUCUGGAUCUUGUGCCAUCUCUGCUCUUUCUUCGUGGGUGGAAAGGUGUACUGUGGCUAGUCUGGCUAUAAACAUGCUGCAUAAUGUAUUUUUUUUACAGACUGGACAUGCCUAUACAUUUGCACUGUGCCUAUAAACCCCAAAAUCAGACUAUACUUGUCGAGACACAAAUAGUAGUAAUUGUAUUGGGAAUAUACCAUUAAUCUGAUACUAUGUGCUGGAAUAUUAAGUUAAUAAAAUGUGUCCUAUCUAAAAACUA